CUGAGAGCGAUCAAUUCGGCGCAACUAGCAGGGACUUGCUGUGGAUCCCAUGCCCACAUUCGGGAUUUCAGAAAGUUUAAUUCACUUAAGGCGUCUUUUCAGUCCAGUUUCUGGCCUUCUGGCUUCGCCUGUGCCUUGAUUCGCACUGCUCUUCGGCUCGGGUGUCGAUGGGCGAACGACGACCUUGGUGACGGAUGACGCAACACACGGUGGCCAUUUGUCGGUCGCCGCUACUUUGCAGACCCGAACUGGACUGGAGUCGCGGGGAUAGCGUAGUCCAUCCAGUCCAGUCCUGCCCGUACUAUGAGACUGUACCGUCUGACUGUGUGCCAUCCCAUCCACACCUUGCUCUACCCGCACCAUGCCAUAACCAAAAUCCCAACUCGUGCAUAGCGGUACCCAGGCACGGAGUAUUACCGGCCGUCUCAUCCACAGCUCGUCAAGCGGCUUGCUGGCUUGUUGACCCUUGUCUAAGUCGAGGUCUGGGGCGGGUCAUUUGCUCGUUGUUUCUGGUCUCCUUGUCUUACUGUUACCCUUUUGCCAACCUUCCCUAAUUUCGCAGUGACGGAGCUCGUGGGAACAGCCGCACCGACAUUUACCGCCGCGGCCAUUCGUCAUACCUUUGUUGUUACUGUCAAUGCCAGUCUGCGCCAGCACAUCUGCUAACCAGUAUUAGCUGCUGGCAAAUGCUCCCGGGCUCCUGAACCACCAGCUCUACCGUCUCUGGGCCCGCCGUAUGCUUUCCUGGCUGGCUGCUGCUUUCAGUUCACAAUUCCCUUAUCCUCACAAAGACUUGGUUUCCGGCCUGGGACAACUCUAUGCCCAUUUGUUUCAUCCCGUGAACCGCAGCCUGUCCCGUCUCCCCGAGGUGGUAGUGUACGGUAGAGACCUCCACCAACAGCCGACCUAGUCUGCUGCUCCUAGGUCAGCCCCAGGACCGUGGGUAUUCUUGGCCGGGGCUAGACCGGAUAGCUAAGCAGGAACCACAACAUCCCCCCCCACGCCUUCUUUCUCCCCGCAACUGGAACUGCAUGUUAUUCUCCAGCGAAUUGUUCUGUCUCGCAGACGACCAAGGAUCGUUUGGGCUCAUGCAGUGACGGUACUUGUUCACCCAGGAGUCACGUCUUUCUCCGUCGAUAUCUCGAUACCUGCUCGUCGACAUCUCGUGCUGACCAGCACUCAUGCCGGCCCGCGCCCCGUCAUGGUAUUUGGCCCGUCACGCAUCACAAACGAUGAGUCUCACUCCUUGCCUCCACCGGUAACAAUGGCCCCCAAUGUGCUGGCCGAGUCGCCUCUACUCCGAAAGCGCACAUCCGACUCGCCGCAAACACCUCCAACAGAUGACUUUAAAACUCGCCGCCUAGAGUCGCAGGUGGACGCAUCCGCCACGGGCUCCCAGGAGUCUCUUCAUGCGCAGCGCGAUGGCGAAGCCGCUCCGUCCCCGGCAGGGCGCCGGUUCAUCAGAGAAAUGAACAAUAACAGGUCCCAAUCGAGCAGCCCCUUCCGACUCCAGAUGCCCUUCAUAACCCCAGGACAGCUCGCAUUCUCCGCCCUACAGUUCCUCCCAGUCCCGGUCCUGGUUCUCAAUAAUCUGAAGACAGUGGUCCUGGCCAAUGAAGCCAUGGGAAGGCUGAUGGGUAUAUCCUCCGAAUCCAACGACGAAGGUGACCUGGCUCGAGACGUGGGAGGCCUCACCGGCCAGUCUCUUUCGCAGGUGGGAAUAGAUAUGCUACAAAAUGGACGGCCUGUGUUCAUUGCUUGGGAGACCUUCCUCGACUCAAUAGCAGAAGAAUUGGGACGCGGGCAAACCCAACCAACGGAUUUUCAACGGCGGAGAUCACUAGGAGACCAUCUAGAUGGCGACAUGACACCUCUUGCGGAUCCAAGCGGAGACAGCAGAUUCGCAGGUCACAGCCCCCAGGCUGCUGUUGAAGUCGUCAUCUCGAAAAGAGAUUCAAACAAGCCCGUCACAGAACCCCAGAUCGUCAACAGAGCGUCAGAGAGCCAAGCCUUUGCGAAGAUGAUCAUCAGCGUUUGGGAUAUCUCGGAACAACAGACAUAUUUCACUUUGACGUUUACCAACACCGAUUCCACGUCUUCUGUGGGUUCCAGGAGGAAGGCAGUAGCUCGUCCUUCCGCCCUCGAGUCUGCCGAGCGCAAGACAAUAUUUUCAACGUCUAAUACUCCUUCGGUCGCCUCUAGCCAUGGUUCGUCCUCGUCACCAUCUUACCGGGUCAGUCCAGGCAAUGUGUCUCUCUCAUCGAGCCCUUUUCCUCCCUUGGGCCCACCAUUCCAUGAAAAGUCGCUACAAAAUGCGCCCUCGAUGCUUCAAAAGACCAUGAUACUGAAAGACGCACUUCUCGACAACACGGAGAUACCUAUUCUGGCCAUGUGGAAGGACGGCACGGUUGCUUUCCCCAAUGCAGCAGCCAGGAGGCUCAUGGAAAAAGAUGCUACUCUUGAUAGACCAUUCGAUGGUCUUGAGGUGUUGAGCAAUUGGAUAUUGUACACCGACGAUUUUAGCAGAGAACUCGAGCCGAGCGAGUUCCCAAUGGCGGUCCUGCUGACGACCCAAACACCGUUCUCAGAUCUGCGGAUCGGAGUCAUUGACCGUGACGGGAACAGGAUCAGGUAUAGCGUCCUGGGGGAAGCCAUUCGCGACGAUGAGACGGGGGAGUUCCUGGCGGGCGUGGUAACUUGCCGGGACGUCACGGAGAUGGCGAGGGAGAUUGACCUGAUCAAGGCAAGGGACAUCGAGAGAUUCAAGCUCAUCUGCGACACCAUGCCGCAAUUGGUCUGGACGACGACUCCUGAUGGUUUUCACGAUUUCUUCAAUGGGCGAUGGUACGACUACACAGGCCUGACACAGGAAGAUUCCCUGGGUAUGGGAUGGAAAAAUCCUUUUCACCCAGACGACAUGGCGGAAACCUCAAAACGAUGGGCGCAUUCUCUCGCCACCGGAGAACCCUAUGACACGGAGUACCGCUGCCUGAGCAAAGAAGGCGAAUGGCGUUGGCACCUUGGAAGGGCUCUGCCGCUAAGAAAUCUCGAGACUGGCAAAAUCGAGCAGUGGUUUGGAACCUGCACCGAUGUCCACGAAAGCAUAGAAACCAAGCUCGCUGCGAGAAGAAUGAGACAGCAACUCUUGAGCGUCAUCACACACGCCAACAUCACCAUAUUCACAGUGGAUCUCGAACGCAAGAUAACGAUGCUGGAAGGCGCUCUUAUCUGGGAUGCCAACACUACAGGGCAGGACGAUUCCAAGUGGUACAUCGGCGGCAAUGUUGACGAGGUGUUCAACUCUUUGAACCCAGAACUACACACAGGCGAACGUCCCGAUUUCCUGUCCGCCAUAGACGCUAUCUUUUCACGACGAUCCGGAGAUGUAGUAGUGGAGCAUGCAAUCGACACACGGUUCUACCGGACUCGUCUGCUGCCGAUGACGGAUAAGAAAGUCAAAGGCGACGGACACAAAGAAAGCGUGAUCGAUGGCGUGAUCGGUGUGAUCAUGGACGUGACCGAGAUCAAGGCCAAAGAGGCGGUGUUGCAGGCACAGAUGCAGGAAAAGCAACAGUUACUGGCACGGGAGGCUGCAGCCAAGGAGGCCAGCAGACUGAAGAGCCAAUUCCUCGCGAAUAUGUCACAUGAGAUUCGAACUCCCAUCACUGGAGUGAUCGGUAUGGCAGAACUGCUCCUGGAUGUCGAGCUCAACGACGAGCAGCGGGACUAUGCGGAGAACAUUUACCGGUCUGCUAAUGCCCUGCUCACCGUCAUCAAUGACAUAUUGGACUUCUCGAAGGUAGAGUCUGGCCGUCUGGACAUCGAGGAAGUCCAGUUCAGCAUGUCGGUAAUAGUGCGAGACGUGGCCAAGAUGCUGAGCUUUGCGGCUCAGAAGAGGGGUCUGGAGUUUAUUGCGGACAUCUCACCCGAUGUCGCUGAUGAUCUCGUCGUUCUCGGUGAUCCAGGACGCGUGAGACAGAUCAUUACGAAUCUUCUGACGAACAGCAUCAAGUUCACGCAUCAAGGCUUUGUCAAGCUGUCUGUUGCUAAAGAAAGUGAGACGGAUGAGAAUAUAGAAAUCCGGUUCAUGGUCCAAGACACUGGCAUCGGCAUUGACGAAGAGACCCGCAAACGCUUGUUUCAGCCGUUCAGCCAGGGCGACGCAUCCACUGCAAGGAAAUUUGGCGGUACUGGGUUGGGCCUGACGAUCUGCAAGUCUCUGCUCGAGCUCAUGCACGGAAGAAUGGAACUAGACUCGGUCAUCAACCAGGGCACGACGGCGUAUUUCUGGGUGCCGUUCAACAAACCACAGGAGACUCAGCCGUCGAAUGUGGUCAUGGUCACGGCCCUCCCGGACAGACUGCAGUCGGAAAUGAGCGUAUCCUGCAACAGCUCUGAAUUCGACCAGAUGGGGACACCGCCUCCUACCGACCUGCUUGCACCGUCAGAAUUGGGAAAGUCACCCAGGCGCAAGAGUUCACUCAAGCAGGCCUCCUCUCAGGAGGACCUGGCAGCUUCUGAGCGCUCGAAGAUCCAUGUUCUGGUGGUUGAAGACAACCCGAUCAAUCAACAGAUCGCCAUCAAGACGAUAAAAAAGUUGGGAUUCAAUGUCUCGGCUGCGUGGAAUGGUAAAGAGGCCUUGGAGUAUCUCGCUACUGCACAGGAUGGCCAGAACCGGAAGCCGGAUAUAAUACUCAUGGAUGUGCAAAUGCCUGUCAUUGAUGGUUACAAGGCAACCCAUCUUCUUCGCCACCAUUCUCCGUAUAAUGCCUUCGUCCGAGACGUCCCGAUUGUGGCCAUGACGGCCUCGGCCAUCCAAGGUGAUCAGGAAAAAUGCAAGAGGGCGGGCAUGGACGACUAUCUUGCGAAGCCUGUGAAGGCCAAGAUGCUCGAGAGGAUGCUGGUGCGCUGGUCCCUGAACAAGCGGAAUGGCUCGAUGUCGGCGCUGUCGUCGGACGUCUCGGUGUGCUCGGAGGGGAGCGACCACUGCACGAACACGGGGAUACCCUCCCUCAGCGUGCACGGCACGGGCGGGGAGGAGGUGUUCACCCUCCCGCCCAUGAACCAAGAGGCCGACCUCGACAGCAUGCGGGCCGACCUGCCCACGCCGCGGCCAAAGGCGUCCCCGCCGCUGGCCAUCAACACGCCCUCGCCGACGGAGCCGCCGACGGAGCCGCCCUCCCCGGGCAAGCCGCAGCUGCACAUACGGCGGGUCGAGACGGACGAGCUCGCGCAGGCGAGCAGGGACGACAAGCUCUUCGACGCGGCCGGGGGCCCGCCCUCGGCUGUCACGCCGCACGGGCACACGCCGCUCACUGAGAAGGGGGACUCGCUUACGCAGGCGAACGUGGAGAAGUUCCAGAGGGAGGAGCUCCGGCGCCAGAUCUCCUCUGACAAGGUGUAAAGCCGAGGCGCCGGGAUGUCUGGAUGGAAUCAACGGAGCGCUAGGACCAUGCGAGGCUUCUAUCAUGAAUAAGGAAGCCUCGUCAUUUUGCGGUUCAUACAUACAUAGCAUGGCGUCUAUGGCUGAUUUUUUUCUUCUCUUUAAGGCUGUGCUUGCUACGGCAUACGCGGUCUCGCUCAGGUCACGACUGGGAUAUGUUUUAUGUUUUGUUGGUUGUAACUCUCAUUUCAGCUUCUGGUUGGCAUCUCCGGACAACAAGCAUCGUAUCUUGUACCGUUUUGCUUUUCUCCACUGUCUCGGGAAGGGGAACAUUGAAUAGACCAUGGCUGAGCUCUGACGAGGAUUUAUACACGGGAGCCUCGCGGGCCUUGCAUUUUCAAUGCAUCUGUUACUACUAGUAUGUAUAUAGAGAACCUUGGAAGCGGCGCGCAAAAAAAAAAGUAGCUUCGGGCCUGGGGGUUUUUGGUUGGACAGCUUACAGUAGAUACCACAUGACCUUGCUUCUCUCACGGAUGGUUGUGUCUUUUUCUACUUGAACGUACCACAGAGAAAUCACUGUGUAGAUAACAAGCGUCAUGAGCUCAGGGCCACAUGUCGAAUGCGG